CGGAGAGAAGUGGGCCAGUGGCGCAUCGUCAGCUGUGGGAGAGCUGGGAGCCUGGAGUGACCACGGCGUGUUUAGGAGCCAACAUGUUUUCCCUGAUGACUGGUCUGUGGCAGCUAAUUAUUCCCAUGAUUGUCCUGUCUCACUUCUCAGCAUCUCUUCCAUCCCUGGAGAGGACUGAGAGACAUGCGGAUGGGCUGUUCCACAGUGAGCUCAGCAAGAUGAAUGACAAUGCUUAUGUGCAGCAGCUAGUGAAACACCUGGUGGGCCUCAAGGAAAGGUCCCAGAGGCACUCCGAUGGGCUAUUUACCAGUGAAUACAGCAAGAUGAGAGGAAAUGCCCAGGUUCAGAAAUUCAUCCAAAAUCUCAUGGGCCACAAGCGCAGCUCUCCAGGCCUAGUCAACACAGAUGUGCAGAUGAGAGAGGAAGAAGACAGCAAUGUGGACCUUUGCUUUAUGUGGCUGUACCAGAGCUUUCUGAACACAAGCCAUUCGGACAGUGAUGCCAGGGAAGCUGCUGCAGUUACCAGCCAGUACAUUUGCCCCAUCUCCAAGCAGCUGGUUGCAGACAUGAAGCAAUAUAUCAACAGUUUUGACUGAAGGCAAAGGGAAAGUCAAUGCUCUGUCAGAAACAGCACGGUUCUGCAUGCGCACAACUUUGAAAAAAACAGGAAAGGUAUUGUAUUUUGCUUAGUAAAAAUUCUUGAGAUCAGCAAAUAAAAUAAAAUUCUGGAAAGCAGUCAAAAGAAAAAAAAAAAAAAAAAAGCACAAUAAAACCUCUUAGAUGAUAAUCAAGAGUAAAAUACAUGUUAGUGUAAGCUGUUGUCAAUAGGUGGAGCCUGAGUUAAGCAUAUCACUUCUACUGUGUUAGCAUCUGGAUGUGUACUUCUGAAGUCAAAUAAAGACAUGUUAGCUG